AUGACGCCUUCCAUCGUGGAAGGUCUACAGACAUUCAAUGAGUUGUCCCGUCUGCAGCAAGACCAUAGCCUCCAACCGCAGAGUGGCGAGCCUACCUUGGAUGCGCCGGCCGUCGGAAACCCAAUCUCACAUUCACAGAUUCUCGAACUAUGGACGGCGCUCAGGGAUGCAGGAAACAAAGAGUACAGCCUGGAAAAGCUGCUGAAGGGAUCAAAAGUCUACGUCCCGCCGCCGCCUCCGAAGCCUGAGCCCUCGGACGAAUACAAAGCCCUGAUGGCCCGUCUCCGCAAGGAAGAGGAGCAGCGCGCAUAUGAGCGCAUGUCGAACCCGCCGCCGCCGCCGAUGGAGACAUUCUCCCAACGGUUCCCGAACAGCAGCACAAACAUGGCGGCGGCGUUCGCUGCUGUCAACCGACCGAGUCGAGAGGCGGACAUUGGGGAUGACGAUGUCACGUAUAAUGAUAUACACCGGCAGUUAAUGCUCAUCCUCAACUUCCUGGUCAGUAUACUCGGUGUUGCCGCCAGCCUCUGGAUUCUGGCGAGGUGGUGGAGCACGCCGGCCAGGUUGUUCUUGACUAUGGGUGGGAGUAUUCUGGUUGGGAUCGCGGAAGUUGCGGUGUAUUCGGGCUAUGUGUGGCAUUUGGGGGAGGCGAAGAAGAAGGAUAAGGCGUUUAAGGAGGUUAAGGAGGUUGUGCAGACUUGGACUGUUGGGCUGGACAUUGAUCCUGUUAGAAUAGGGGAUGAGAAGGCGUUUGGAGAUGUAAACCUCCGGAGAAGGAAGAAGGAAGGAUAUUGA